UCGGAUCAGAGCUGUGCUGGUGUCAUACGGCUCUCUCUUGUCUUUAAUCAUGGAUCUGCUUUGGAUGAUCCUGCCAGUGUUUCUAGUCUGUGCAGAGGCCGAGAAUGUGACUGAGGUCAAGGUGACGCUGGGUCACAGCGUCACCUUGAGCUGUUCUAAGGACAUUUCAAACUUAUACUGGUACAUGCAGAUCUACGGCCAGCUCAGUGUGUUUAUCGGCCGUACUUUCUCUGGAAACCAUGAACACAACUACUGCUCUCCCAGUUUAAAAACCAAAUAUUCUCUCUGGGAAAAGACACUUGUGAUUACAAACGUCACAGCAGGGGAUUGCAGGUUUUACUUCUGUGCCAGGAAGAUGAAGAGCAACAUUAGUUAUGUGGACACUUUUCGCCUUGUCUCAGAUGUUCCUCCAACUCCAUCCACCAAUGAUUCUCAACCAGACCAACACCAGGAGCAGCACAACUUGACAAUAUGGCAGAGUAAUUAUGUCAUGUAUGGCUCACUCACCCUAAAUGCCUUCCUCAUCUUAGUUACAAUAGGUCUGGCUUUUGCGUUGCUAUGUUUAAAGAAGAAGAAGAAGAAGAAGAAGCAGAAAGAGAAGGACUGCAACCACCAAGUGAAUGAUCCGUCUCUUUUGAUCUAUGAGAACAUACAGAUCCCAGUGACUGUGCAGUAUUAGCAGAUCCACCUCUCCACCUCCAGAGUCCCUCCACCUGCAGCUCCUCCUCAUGAGCGUGGACAGACUCCAGUGUCACGACUGCAACAACCUUUAGCCAAACGUGUUCAGGAACGUGUUAAUGGUGGUUUAAGAUUCAGUAUUUGUAUUUGUUUGUGUUUCUUUUGUUCGUUAAAUUUUGUUCUGCAGUCUGAUUGUUCACUUAUACAGUUGUAGAGAAACAGCUCAAGUACAUUUGUUUAUUUUGUUUUUUUUUAUUGAAUAGCUAACACAAAAAGGAACACAAUUUCUUCUUCUUUCUUCUUUCUUAUUUUCCACAAACUAGUUAGUGAUAGAAAUAUGUACUGCAUGUUUUUAGAAAGAAAUUGUGUCUUAACAGUGAGGCAAUCUGAAUAAAACAUAUUUUAAAAAAAGAAAUGAAGUAUUAAUUACUCUGGGAAUGUCUUGCUUUUUAUAAGCAGAACUAUAAGAUUCCUGCCCUGCCUUAUUCAACUGUAGUAUGGUAUAUUAUGCUUACAUGUAGCUUUUUAUAUAAUGUUGUUAUAGUUUUCCUAUAUGGUAAUUGAGUCUAAUCUAUGUUUACAUACAUCUCUUACACAUCUGCCUGUGUUGAAAGAAGAAUUCCUUUUUUUUUUCUGGACUGAGGGUGUUUCUGAAGUACUGUUCUAAGUUGCAAACUGAACAUUUUUAUUGUGAAAUAAAGGAUCCU